UGUAGAGAAAGAGAAGUGAUAUUCCAAGGAUACCUUAUAAACAAAAAAAAAGAUAUCUUUUUGAUAUACUUCGCCACCGGCAUUCUUCAUUUCCUUUUUAGUUAUCAACCAGGAUUAACAAUUAAUUCUUCAUUUCAUUACUCUAAAUCAAUCACUUACCUUUUCCACGAUACACACACAGAUAGUUUUGUUUUGUCUUUGUGUAAUUGGGAUUCGGAAAAAGUAGUUUUAAGUAAACAAUGUUGGAAUUGGGGGCGGUGAGGCGGUGCUACUCGGAUGCGGUGGAGGGAGUGAAUGUCGGAUUGGCUUUUGUUGAUUCGGUCAUUGCGUUUCUAGCUCUAUAUAAGUUGAUUAGAAUUCAUUCAAGAAAUACACAGCUUGGAUGGACUCGCCAAAAGGUCAUUCAUCUAUUGAUUGGGUCGUCCAAUCUUGGUUAUUUCCUUUAUUUUGUAUUAAAUCUGGUUGCUGCUUGUAAGGGUUGGAUUUGCUGGUCGUAUUCCUGUGGUUUUGUUAUCAUGGCCUUCCCCAGAAUUCUGUUCAUUGCAGCAUUUCUCCUGCUUUUGUCAUUUUGGGUGGACCUGUGUCAUCACCCCAUUGAUGAAGAAGAAGAUGAUGGAUAUAACCCCCAAGAAGCUCUGCUUGAGAAGAUGAGCAAAACUAGUCCACAGACUAAUGGAAACCGAAGGUGUUGCUCCUUCAGGUUAGCUCAUAUCGGAAGCCGUCAAAAGAUUGUGAUUGUGGUAACAGUUUUACUUUUUGCAAUAAUGAUAGCAUCUUCAGUACUGAUAUGGAUUGGGGUGGAUAGCAGUCCUAUCGAGUCUGCAAUUGUUGCUCAGGUAUAUGUAGAUCUUAUUGCCGUGGUUGUCCUUUUUCUUGGAGGAGCCUUGGCAUGCUAUGGAGGUGUAUUAUUCUUGAAAAUGAAAAAAGUAAGAUCUGAGCGGGCUUCAUCUGAAAUGCAGAAGGUUGCUGGUUUGGCUGUUGUCUCCGUUAUUUGUUUUACAUCAAGUGCUUCAGUUGCAAUUGGUACUCAAAUACCUCUGUUUUAUGACUCGGAUGAAGGACACAUGGAUGCUUUCCGUACUUCAGUUCUUCUCGUUUUGUAUUAUUUUAUAGGUUCAUCAGUGCCUUCAGCAGUUGUUUUAUUCCUGAUGAGAGAACUGCCACCUCCCCUCAUCAAUAAUACUAGGCGCGAAGAAUCAACAACGAUAACAUUCAUACAUGAGGACUCAACGACAGCAGCUCAACGACAGAGCUGGACUAGAGCAACUCAGAAUCAGGUAUCGAGGGCAAGCCCCAUAUGAAGUUUGACAUGGUGUAAUUCAACCAAGGAAAGAAAAGAUUUAGAAGGCCCCCUGAGGAGUAGAGCCGCAAGGCUGCCUUUGCUGAGCCUUUUAGUUUGAUAGAUUUGUCUGUAUUGUACAUAGCACUACUAUUUUCUAACUUAUGCUCAAAAUUCUUUUUUCUGGUUAUUGCAAUAAGCCUGUUUAAUUA